AAAUUUUUUAUUAUUAUAGCCCACUAAACCAGACAGAGAAAGAGUCUGGGGAGAGAGAACCUAUCAGAAAGCGGGUGUUGGCGAUACAUGUAUUACGUCAUCAGCAGGCGACUGUUUAAAGUUUAGCCACGAGGAUGUGUUUUUAGCAUUCGACAAGGUGAUUUUCUAUUAGAACAAACCACCAAGAAGCAGACUUGUAUACAAAAGUUGGCCAAGGAAACGUCACCAUGUCGGAUUUCUCCUCGCUUGGCCUGGCCGACUGGCUGAUUAAGCAGUGUAAACAACUAGGAAUAAACAAACCCACUCCUGUCCAGGAGAACUGCAUGCCACCCAUUCUCGAAGGUCGGGACUGUUUGGGCUGCGCCAAGACGGGCAGUGGAAAGACUGCUGCGUUCGUCCUGCCGGUGCUACAGAAACUAUCCCAAGACCCCUACGGUAUCUUCUGCCUGGUCCUCACACCCACCAGGGAGCUGGCAUAUCAGAUCGCAGAGCAGUUCCGGGUCAUUGGCAAGCCCCUGGGCCUGCGGGACUGCAUCGUCGUGGGUGGGAUGGACAUGGUGACACAGUCCUUGGAGUUGUCGCGGCAACCUCACGUUGUCGUGGCGACACCGGGAAGAUUGGCGGACCACAUCCGUAGCUCCAACACCUUCAGCCUGAAAAGGAUACAGUUUCUGGUAAGAGUCGCUCUCUAG